AUGGAAGCCUUAGAGGUGGCUUCCUCUAAGCUCUGCUUUCCAUCAUUAAACAACUCCUGUAGGACAAUGAGUCGCUCUCAGUUGGAGGCUGCAGUCAUCUACACCCUGCUCUCCUCCACUGCUCUGAUGACUGUGAUUCUGAACCUGGUGGUCAUCAUCUCCAUCUCCCAUUUCAGGCAGCUCCACACCACCACCAACCUCCUCCUCCUCUCUCUGGCUGUUGCAGACUUCCUUAUGGGAUUUCCUCAGAUGCUCUUCCAGAUUUUCCAAACCAGUGGAUGUUGGAUUCUGGGUGACAUUGUGUGUGUGAUAUAUUACUUUUGUGGUUUUAUUGUUGUCAGUGUGUCAGUAGGAAACAUGGUUCUCAUAUCAAUUGACCGCUAUGUGGCUAUUUGUGACCCCAUGUUGUAUCCUACAAAAGUCACUAUGAAAAGAGUUCAGUUCAGCAUUUAUCUGUGUUGGAUAUUUUCUGCUCUUCAUGCCAGUUGGAUACUGAGGGAUAUACUCAAACAACCAGGCAGGCAUAGUUCCUGUUAUGGAGACUGUCUAGUUAUCAUUAAUUUUGCUGAAGGAGUUGUUGACCUUAUUGCCACAUUUUUUGCCCCCUUUAUUAUCAUCACAGUUUUAUACAUGAGAGUAUUUGUGGUGGCUGUGUCUCAGGCUCGUGCCAUAAGAUCCCAUGUUACAUCAGUCACACAGCAGCAUCCAACUGUAACUGCACAGAAAUCUGAGAUAAAAGCAGCCAAGACACUUGGUAUUCUUGUGGUUGUUUUUCUGCUGUUCUCCAGUCCAUAUUAUUGUUUCACUAUUGCAGCUGAAAGCAACUUAUUUGACUCAUCUUCUGGAGUUGUUGAAAUUUGGCUUCUAUCUUUUAACUCUUGUCUAAACCCCAUCAUCUAUGCUUUUUGUUAUCCCUGGUUCAGAAAGUCUGUGAAACUGAUUGUGACACUUCAGAUACUGCAGCCUGACUCCCGUGAGGUCAGUAUACUAUAG